CUUCUUCUCCUCCUCUUCUUCCCCCUUCACGCUUUGACCUUUUCACUAUGAUCCCUACCCCAGAUGUGAGCCAUUUGACAAGUUUACCAUACCUUAAUCAUGUUUAUGAACCGGCAGAGGAUACUUUUGCACUUUUAGAUGCAUUAGAACAAGAUGCCGAUAAACUACAAAAUCAAAAUCCACGAUUGGUUGUUGAAAUUGGAUGUGGAAGUGGAUGUGUGAGCGCAUUCAUGGCAAAUAUACUCAAAUCACAAACUACUGAAAAGGGGACUUCGGCUGCUUUCUUGUGUACCGAUAUUAAUCCGAUAGCUCUCGAUGCCACUUCAGAGACAGCAAAACGUAAUGAUUUAGGCCACAGUUUGUCGGUUAUACGAAUGAAUGCUCUCGAUGGUCUUAUGCAAAGAUGCAAAGGCAAGAUAGAUGUACUAUUAUUCAAUCCACCUUACGUUCCUACUUUCGAGGAAGAAGAACAAAUGGCACAGAUGAAAGCGUCAAUCGAAGGAAGUUGGGCUGGUGGAUCGUUGGGAAGAAGAUUACUGGAUGAGCUACUACCACAACUGCCUCACUUAUUGUCACCAAAUGGAGGACGAUUUUAUUUCGUCGCAAUCAAGCAAAACCAACCUGAAGAGCUUGUUGAACAACUAUCAUCAUAUGGACUCACUGCAGACAUUUGUCUCUCUCGUCGGGCUGGACGUGAGCAUCUCUUUAUCAUACGUGCAAUACGUGCGGAACUGUAAAAUUAUUAAUCAUGAUGUAAUGCAUAGUGUACAAUAGUGCAAUCGAAACGAUACCC